ACUGAUGCCCGGUGAGAAGGUGGUGAGAUUCUGGGCAUUCGACAUAUGUUUGUUCCUCCCUGGUGACUGAUCAGGCAGAUCCUAGUUGAUAGGGAUUGUCUCCAGAGGCUGUGCCUGUUGAAAGCUACAGUCCAAUAUCAAGACAACUCGAGCAUUGACGCCUGUCAUCAAUCGUUGAGAGUCAUCUGCACCUGUACAGGACCGCCGGAAUACUUCCCUUGUCUUCAAGCACUGACCUAUCUGAGUCCGUCUGAUCCAGGGAAACAAUUCCUGUUUGAUCUGUCUUACAAUUCUUUUUUUUUGUCCUUUUCUGGGACGUCAUUUUCUUUGUUUCUUCCCUCCUUCCAGUCAUUCUUUGACCGUCUCUUCUGACGUCCCUGUUACCCACCAGGGAUUCUUAUUUGGACCGCCUCAGCAAACCAUCCUAUCGGCUGAGAGUAAUUUGCGCCGAUCACACAACGUCGAUCGAUGGGACCGGCUCUGGGGAAGCCCGUCUGAACUGCGGCCUUCCACUUCCUUUGUCUCGUACCCUUUGUGCGUCGGUCUCUCCACGAAUUCGUGCCUUGGCGAUGUGUGUCAUCCUGUAAUGACGCAGUAUCUCUCCCUGGCCGCCUCCCCAGGUAUUACCGUCGGUCAUGCCGAGUAACCUUCCGCCAGCCUCCAGGCCCCAUGUAGCGGAAUCAGCUUCUGUGAUUCGUAGAGGGAUGACAAUGCAAUGCGUUAGGGGUCUCAUCUGAAUAAGAAUGGCUCUGCUCGGUGGUCGGCUGAGCAAUAACCAGCAUUGUCGAUCAAAAGGGGCAGUUGACAAAGCGGUGGUAAAACAUCAAACGCCAAACCUUUCCUAGUAGACAGUACAACUAUCACGAACAGAAAGACUCCAGGUGCGGGAAUAGAUUGUUCAAAAAGUAGAGUCGCUAUGUGUCCAGCUCAGUAGGCAGGUGGCUGCUGGCAAAUUGUAUGAAUGAACCGUUGCCGAGGCCAUGGCCCGUGCAACAUCUCGCCGAAUAAUCCAGAGGGGACCACACGGUCUUUGCGUCCUCCUUCAGGGGUGUCUGGCCUGUGGGAAAACCUACGGGCAGCCACUAGGAGAAAUGGGCUACACAGCAUGGAAGCCAUCAUGGAACUGGUUUAAUCUACUGUUUCACGAUCGAAACGACAUGAUGUAUGUAUUCGAGGCCGAUGUAGUAAACUGUCGAGUGAUCCGCGAUUGGCGGCGAGUUGAGGGACCUGAAUGGUGACCUAGGAUGGAGACGAGAACAACGCCGCUUGCGUCCAACAUGUGGAAGAUGGGGAGCGAUAGUGAUGACAUCAGAGGGAGAGACCGUGUGAGCAUCCAGAGACCUCUCUGCUGCGGUAAGAUCCAUCCAAGUCCACCAUGGGACCCAUCGACUCGAUCUAGGCCAUCCUUUUCACAGGCAGGGUCUCGUCUCUUCAGCAAUAAGAUGGACCUGGGCCCAUCGAGUGAUCGACUUGUCAGGGCAGAAGAGUUCCAUGGAAUCUCAGCAGUGACAUUGAAGAAAAGAGCAGGGGGGAAGUUAAAAUAUUUUUUUCUUCUUUCUGCUCCCCUUCAUCCGUCCGUCGGGGUUUGAUGAAACAUAAGCAAUUUGCCAGUCUGCGCCGCCCGGGGAAAGAGAGGCCGCUCUGUACGGAGUAGGAGAUCAAGAUCAACCCAUGGAGAAACUCAUACUAGGACUCAGCGGGUUUGGGCCCCAACACAAUCAAACGCUUACUGUGAAUGGGCAAAAAGACAGUGACCAGUCACUCCGUGCUUACUCCAGAGACAUUGAUGUCUAAGACUUGGUUUGCGACGAAAUGUGGUCAGCGAGAGGGACUCCACCCGACCAAACCUGCGCUUCCGGGGGGGAGUGGCAGAGGUGGAGAUUCGAAAAGGGAAAGGUAGUAUGUCUCAUUGGGUAUAGUCCGGUAAUAAAAUAGAACAAAAAAAAUAAAAGAUCAAAAAAGAGAUCAAAGGAAUAAAAUAAGAUAGUCAAAAGAAAAGGGGCCAAAGAAUAAGGGAAAAAAGAAAGGAAAGGUGAGUGAGACCUGGGGCACCCAUUAGGUUCAAUUGCAACGUGCUUGUGGGGGGGGAGAUCGGAAUGUGAUCACCGACCGGUCGAUCGCAUCGCCAGGAUUGACAGGGGAUUGUGGGGUUGGAAUUGAGAGGAGAAUUAGGAUUAGGAUUAGGAUUAGGAUUAUGGAAAGGGAUUUGACAUUAGGGUUCCUGCAACAUCAACGUGUCAGUACCGGAAUUCGGAUAGGUCAGAGGAGGGAGAGGAAGGUGGUUUUGAA